GGACCAUUCUUUAUUAAGGUGAUCAUAUGCUUAUGGCUGCCUGAAGAUCUGCUCCUCCCAGACACAUGGAAACAGAAGCUCAAGCGUCUGGUGUUGCCAUGGCAGUGAAGUUCCAGAGCGAUUCUCUUCUUCAGUCUCCAAUCAGAAAGGUGGCUCUCCUUCUUCUACUCCAGGCACCAGAGGAUGGAAGAUGGAACCAAAGGGAUUCACAGGAGCCCCUUUUGGGAUUCAAACGGCUAGAUUUGAUGUGUCAGCAAUUUAUCCAAAUGUCAAGAGACCAAGUACCUUCCUGCAGGCUCCAUACUCCAGGAUUGUCUGCUCAGACUUGAACCGAAAAUUAGGACCAGGCACCUACAGUAUUGACUAUGGAGGCUUCAGUUCUACUAUCAUGCAGCAGAAGAGAAUGUCAAGCUCUAGUUGGGCGAAAGCCCAGGAGGCAGCAAGGCUCACUCAAAUGCCACAUUUUAAUUUUAAGGAAAUAGGCAGCAAAGGGAAAGCUCUGAAAGAAAAACUGGGCCCUGGAACAUACAACUACACAGAUUUUCUGCAACUCCAAGAGAAACGUCCACACAGUAAUAGAGGGAUAUGUGACACUGGAGAAGUGAGAUUUAAAGACCGUAUCAGGGAAUGUUACCCUGGCCCAGGAACCUAUGGGAAUCCUUAUGCACUCCUGGAGGAAAAGCAAAAACGCUCCGUGACUGCACUUGGAAUAAUGGACAGUAAAACUUCAAAAUGUUUCGCCUUUCCCAAUGUGGGAAGUGGUUUGGGACCUGGCAGCUAUAAUCUCAAAAAUGGGAUGGAUGAGAUGCUGAAAUGUGUGGUCAGCACGAGAGGCCCCUAUGAAAUCUUCACAGGAGACAGGUCAAAGCCUAUUAUUUGCGGGCAUUAUGCUACUGAUAAAAAGUCUGAAGAGCUGAGUGGCAGCAAUGUGAAGAGCUUCCUGGAAGAACUAGAGACAAAGGAGAAAAAGAAGCAUGGCAUUUUUAGUACUCUUGUUCGGAGUCCGCGUUACCCAGCUGAACGGAUCUUCUGGUCCACUGUUGGCCUGGGUCCACAUGAACAAUUCUUAGCAGGGCCAGGCUCAUAUGACAUAAUCCCUUCUAAGAGAACAGAAUAUGGAAAUCAACCGCCGUUCUGGAUUGGUACAAAAAGAUUUGACAGGAAAGCAUACCGUCUCUUUUUUGGAAAUGCUAACCCAGUUGGAGUUGGCCGCUAUGAUACUACAAAACAUGAGAAAUACCCAAAGAAGAUCAAAUACCGUUCUCUUUACAUGAGUGACACACAGCGUUACCUUAGCAACCUGGAGAGGGACAAGUGCUUACAGGAGCGGAUCACUCCUGUGAAUAAAGGCUACUGGGGCAAUCCACUAUCUACCUGAAGACCCACCAUUACUUUCUCAAACGCAGUAUAGUUAAGCAACCAUCAGCUGCAUUUCUACAGUUAAUUUUCAUGGAAAAUUCUGUCAAGGACAGACAUCACAACAUUGCUACGUUGAAGUAUUCCAUAUCUAUUUGCAACAAUUUCUUGGUAAUUUAAAGCACUCAAAAUCAAGACACUUGGUGGAAUUUGGUAAAUGUUUUAAAAACCAGCUUGCCAUAAUUAUGUCAAUAUUAAAACUGCUAA